GCGCUCUUCACGCAUCAUUUCCGUUGCCGCCAGCUUGAGGCUUACGUCACUCACCAGCGCCGGAAGUUGUCGUGCGCGCGUCGAACCGUGGGCGGCUUUUCUCCGAGGCUUAGGGGCGCCAUGGCUGCUGACGCAGAAGAUGAGUUGAAUCUUCUGGUUAUCAUAGUUGACACCAACCCGAUUUGGUGGGGAAAGCAAGCAUUAAAGGGAUCUCAGUUUACUUUAUCCAAGUGCAUGGAUGCUGUGAUGGUGCUGGCAAAUUCCCAUCUGUUCAUGCACCGCUCCAACCAGCUGGCUGUGAUAGCCAGUCACAUUCAGGAAAGUCGCUUCUUAUACCCGGGGAAGAACGGCAGACUUGGAGACUUCUUCGGAGACCCUGGCAACCCCUUUCCUGACUGUAAUCCCUCUGGGAGUAAAGAUGGCAAAUAUGAGCUGUUGACAGCAGCAAAUGAUGUGAUCGCCGAGGAGAUCAAAGAUCUGAUGACCAAGAGUGACAUAAAGGGCCAGCACACAGAGACACUACUAGCAGGAUCCCUCGCCAAAGCCCUCUGCUACAUUCACAGAAUGAACAAGGCAGUUAAAGAUAAUCAGGAGAUGAAAUCAAGGAUAUUGGUGAUCAAGGCUGCAGAGGACAGUGCACUGCAGUACAUGAACUUCAUGAAUGUCAUCUUCGCUGCUCAGAAGCAGAACAUUCUCAUUGACGCCUGCAUCCUAGACUCGGAUUCAGGGCUCCUCCAGCAGGCUUGUGACAUCACAGGGGGAUUGUACCUGAAGGUGCCUCAGAUGCCUUCUCUCCUGCAGUACUUACUGUGGGUUUUUCUUCCGGAUCAAGAUCAGCGAUCUCAGCUAAUCCUCCCGCCUCCGAUCCAUGUGGACUACAGGGCUGCCUGCUUCUGUCAUCGAAGUCUCAUUGAGAUUGGCUAUGUCUGCUCCGUGUGUCUGUCCAUUUUCUGCAAUUUCAGCCCCAUCUGCACCACGUGCGAGACAGCCUUUAAGAUCUCCCUCCCUCCUGUACUGAAGGCCAAGAAAAAGAAACAGAAGGUGUCUCUGUGAUGAACAACACAUGCGUCCCCAUCUCUUACCACAGCCAACUCCCUGGGGAAAACUGUUCUCAUCCCUGCUUGUGGGGUGGAGCUGAAGUGCUCCCCAAGCCUCUGAUGUUAUCUGUAAAGGGGGACAAGCACAGUGUUAGGACUUUCUGUUUAUUGUUUUAAGGUAGCAGUUGCUUGGCAGAACCUGGCUGGUACUGCUCUGUUUGUUGUUGCUCUGUUCCUUGGGGCUGGUUGUUGAACCCCAGCCUGGCAUGUCCUUGACCAGUACCCACCACUGAGCUGCAGCCCCCCUGGGAUUUUGUGUUUAAAUGGUCCUCUGUCAAAGCUUAUCAUGGUAGAUUCUGGCUCUUCUGUACUUACAGAUGGGCAGUGUGUGAAGUUAGAAUGCACUUAAGAGAGUGACCAGCGUUGUGUCGUUAGCAGUUAUGAUAGAGUGUCUUGGUUGGACAGGUGGUACAUGCCUAGAAUCCUGAACUUGGAAGACUGAUUCAGGAAGGUUUUGGGUUCAGAUCUUACCUGGGAGAUAAACAUAUGCACACAAACACA